UGGUUUUCCCUGAUGGGGGCGCAGUCCGCCCUCAUCGAGACCUUCCAGUCUGCAGGGAUCCGUGCUCUCGAGCUGCUGGCGCUGCGCCAGUCCCUGAUCUCGGCGGUGCCCCAGUGCCCCGCGGUCUCGCUGGCGUGCCCGCCCGCGAACGUCUCUUGCCCCGUCCAGGUCUGCCCAGCGCUGGCCUGCCCGACCCCAGCGUGCCCCGUGCCGCUGGUGGAUCUCUCCUGCCCGCCUGCAGGAGCGGAGCUCGUCCCUGACGGGCUCGACAUCCUCUCGGCCUGCUGGGGAUACCUGGCAGGAGCCUCUGCGGGGCUCGGGCUGGGCGGCGCACUCUGGCGGCGGGGCGGCCGCGUCGACGCCGAGGCGACAGGGGUCGGAGAUCGAGCGCGAGAGCAGCUGCAGCUGAUCAGGCUCGUGACAGGGGUCUCGAUCGGGGAUCCAGGUCUUGUCAGCACGUACUCGCCAGAUGGGGACCACUACGCCGAGUACACGACGUCCGACGACCUCAGAGAUGUGCAGUGGUCGGGAGCGCAGGGCGCCACCCCCCCUGGGGUCAACCCCGCCCACGUCUACCGUUUCCGCCAGGUGCCAACGGCGGCCGAGGUCCAGCAGCUGAUCCGCGAGGGCUCGCUCCUGAUCGGGGGGGUGGCGCCGCCUGCUGCCGCUGUUCCGGCCGCCGCAGCGGCGCCCGUGGCGGCUCCCCCCGCGGCGGCCGCACCGCAGGGGGCCAUCGUGCCUCGAGGCGCUGGCGUGGUGGGAGGGGUCCCCCGCGCUGGGGCCGCGGCCGCCCCCGCAGUGGCUGGCACAGUUUGGCUGGCUAUUGAGGACUUCCAGGGGGUGCGGCGCUGCGAGCAGAUGCCUGAUCCUCUCCCUCAGGGUGCCGUCGUACACGGGGAGCUGGCGCUGGUGCCUCAUGGAGGGGGCUUCGUCGGAGCGCGCCAGGUGGCCCUAGCCGACGUGGAUGCCUUCGUCGUGGACGACCUGCGCGUGCUGCCUGUGCGUUUCAACCAGCAGGGGGCGCGCCGUCGCCCAUACAGCGAGGCCGUGGACAUGCAGAUCGUGGAUGAGCCUGAGGGAGGCAUCAUGCUGCAGGGCCCUCGCACUACGGAUUGGGUGCUGAGGUCGUAUCGGGAUGCCGGGCUCACGCCAGUCACUCACCACUCGAACUGGCUGAGGCGAAGGCUGGCACAUAGGCGGCAGACGGAGCAGUGUGCCAAUGAUGUCAUUGCGGGUCUCAACGCUCUCCAUUCUCCGUGCGAGCAGCGUGGGCCCGUCACGGCGGCUCAGCGGCUUGCUACCGCCACCAUUUUGAACGAGGUCAAGAUGGCCCCGAAGUCUGACACUCACUUUUCUCGCCGUGGAGCCGCGAAGGAGCUCCUGGCCUCCAGCCUGUCCUACACCGCGGGCGAGGCACCGAGUCCCGUGGUAAGGUACGUCAGAUCCCGAGUCGACAUCCCAGAAGUGGGUGCGGUCACACCUCCUGUUGAGUCGGUGCUCGACGGGAUCGGGAGGAGCUACGUGCUGGACUACGAGCAAGCCAUGAUGAAGACUCCUGACGAGUGGUCCCGCGUCUUGGAUAGCGAGCCGCCCGUCACCCCCUACAUGGAUGAAGUUUUGAAGCGUGACCCAGUGGCAUACCGCACUUUCAUCGGCGACCUGGUGAAGGCUAACAUGCUGGGUUUCACGCACCGCCCGAAGGAUUUAGUCACCCCCUUUUUCGUGGCCAAGAAGAGUGGAGCGCAGCGUCUAGUGUGGGACGCUAGAGUGCCAAAUCGACGUUUUCGCGACCCGCCGCCGCUGGCCAUGGGGACAUCGGCGGCGUACGGUCGCCUACAGCUACCUGAUGAUCGUAAGGAGGACGGCAGCUUCAACACCAAGCUUUUCUGCGCCCAGGCUGACGUGCGCAACUACUUCUACGCUCUCGGCCUGAGGGAGGAGCUGGGACUGUUCUUCUCGCUGCCUCCGGUGGUCGAGGCCACUGACGUCUUCACCAGCCUCGGCCGUCUGAUCGACGGCGCGUCUGGGCGAGUUUUCUCACGGCCCGAGCGCUCCGAGCGCCUCCGCCAAGCUUCACUGUGGCUAGAGCAGCGCCCUAGAGUCACGGGGGGGGAGGUGGAGAGGUACGUGGGUCACCUCAUUGAUCAUCUGAUGCUGAAGAGGGAGCUGCUCUCGAUCCUCAGGAGUUUGUAUGAUUUCGUCAGAGAGUGCUAUCACGUGCGAGCCCGUCUCUGGCCCUCGGCUGCCCGCGAAGUCGAGCAGUGCCGACGCCUGCUGCCGCUGAUGUCUGCCAACCUUCGGCUUCAGUGGUCGCCGACGGUCUUCGCUUACGACGCGUGCUUGACGGGUAUGGCCACGUGUCAGACAACACUGUCAUCAGAUCUUGUCAAGCGCAUCGGGUCAGUCAGUGAGAGAUGGAGAUAUCGCAUGCCUUCGGCUAUCUCGGCACGCCGUUCUGCUCUGGGAGUCCGUUCUGGAGGCUAUGAGGCCUCGGAGGGGCCGUUCGACGUCUUCAGCGACAUCGAGACCGCCAAGGCCCCCAAGAGCACCAGCAUGGACCUCAUCAAGGACCCCUGGGAGCUCAACCCGCAGUUCACAGAGGUGCCCGUACAGGCUCUGCAGGGCCCCCAGUGGAAGCAGGUGGUCUCGGCCAGGGUUCACGUCAAGGUGCCCCGCCUGCCCCGCGCGGCGUCCGUCAAGCGCCCAGCUGCCAGCCCCAAGAUCGCGCAGAAGAGCUUUUUGAAGGGCAGGCCGUUUGUUGGGGCGACGAAGGAGGAGAGGAUUGCUCACCGUCUGCGGGCCUCUGGGCCGUUCACGAUGGUGGGGGAGGACGAGAGGGGCUUCCUGGAGUGGAACGCGGUGGCGCCCGAGACCCAGGCAUGCUACAAGGGCGCCCUCGACGACUUCCAGACGUUCGUGGACCUUUUCGAGCUGCCGCUGCACGCCGCGGCUCAGGUCGACCUGGCGCUGAUGAACUACGCCGACUACGCCUGGAGCAUCGGGCUCGAGAGAGCCGCCGUCCUGAAAACAUAUGCCGCGUACAUCUCGGCGCACCCCGACUUUUCCCGAAAGGGGUCGCUCCGCCUGCCGCGUUUCUGUCGGGCCCUCCAGGGUUGGAGGCGCCUGGGCCCAGGCCAGACGCGCCCGCCCAUGCCCUGGCAAGUGGUCGCGCUGGUCGCUCUGGCGAUGGCCACGCAGCUGGGGUCCCCGCGCGCGGCGCUCAUGGUGGUGACGAUGUUCUGGGUGUACCUCAGGCCCUCCGAGGCCGUCGGCCUGCGCGAGCAGGACCUCUUCCUCCCCUCGGGCUCGCGCACGGACUGCGGCUUCAACCUGCGCCCCAGCGCGAGGGGCGAGCGCAGCAACGCCAGCUUGUCGGACGAGAGCCUGCUCCUCGAUUCGGUCGAUGUGCCCUGGCUGGGCCCGCUGCUGGCGCGCGCGAGGUCGGGGGGCCCGCAGGCGCCGCUGUUCCGUCUCACCGCCGCGCAGCUGGGCGUCAUGUGGCGUCAGGCGCUGGAGCUGGCCGAGGUGCCCGCCAAGUGCGUGCCCUACCAGCUCCGCCACGGUGGCCCGUCGCACGAUCGCCUCAAGAGGUAUCGUUCCAUGGGCGAGAUCAAGAGGCGCGGGCGGUGGGCCAGCGACUACACGAUGAAACGCUACGAGGCCCACGCGCUGGUGCAGCAGGAGCCGGCGGCACUCCCAGUCGACGUCCGCCGCAGGGCCGAGGCGGCGCCCGCGAAGCUGCACGCCGAGCUCGAGAGGCUCCUGGCGCGGCCCCAGAGGCCGUUCGUCGAGCUCAUGCGCGGCUCCGCCGCCUUGGCCAAGGCCGUCCACGCCGCCGGCUGGGCUUCGGAAGGCUGGGGCUAUGCUGGCGACCCGCGAGCCGACCUUCUUGAUGAGUCCCUCGUCGACAGUCUGGUUUUGAGGAUCUCACGGAAGGAAGUCGCGGGGGUGCAUGUCGGCCUGGACUGCAAAACGUGGAGCCGGGCAAGGAAGAAUGAUGGACAGGGUCCGCCGCCGCUCAGGGACGAUGCGAAUUUGCACGGCCUCCCUCUGCUGGCGGCGGCAGACGCUGAGAAGGUGAGGAUCGCCAAUCGUCUGCUCGCUAAUGUUCUGCGCCUGCUGGCGGCGGCCGUCGAGGCGGGAGUCCCCUUCUCUCUCGAGAACCCUCGCACGUCUCGCCUCUGGCUGGUCCCAAAGCUGCUGGACAUGGCCCGCGACGCUCACGCCGAGUGGGCUUCUGUUGAUUAUUGCCAGUAUCAG